GGCGGAUAUGGCGGCGUCACCCCCGAGACUCAAGAAUCGACUCGUAAGAACGUAUGGGGCUGUGGGCGGCUGGGGACCGCGGGGGCGGCCGGUCCGGGCGGUCGCGCAGUGGUUCCCGCCGCAAAAUCCGAAGCGUUUCUUCAGCAGCAGCAGUAGCAGCAACGUCAGCAGUGACGACCCCUCGCAGUCUGUCGCUUCGGACGAUUCUGACGACCCUGAUUUCUCCCAGAGCCCGGUGGGUCAGCGGCGGAGGCGCGCUGGCGGUCGAAUCUCCAAGGACCGGCCCAGCCCGAUCGUGACCCCAAGACGCCUGAGGCUACGAGCUCGGCCCCCGCAGAAGUGCAGCACUCCCCGCAGCGCACUCCUACCGCCGCCCCUCCCCAGCAGCAAACCAGGCCGCCUCGGCCCGGACCUCACUGUGUGCAACCAGCCCGGGGACAGUGGCGAGCUGGGCACCAGUGCCUCUCUGUGCAGCUCUCCGGCCUCUCCCAGCCCCGGCCCUGGGUCUCCAGAGCUGGGAGACAGUGUCAUCUGUAUCGACCCCUCCGCCUCUCUGAAUGCAGCCUCUGAAGUUCCCAGCGACUUCCACCUGCCAGCAGCCUCUCUGGACCAAGCACCUGACUCCUGCUCCCAGGAGACAGCAACAGGAGGAGGCCGGAUCCCCAGAUUGGCUCACCAAGCCCGUACCCGCCUCAGGUCAGCUCUCUUUAGUCUUAUGGACUCAGGAAACCCUGAGGAUUCGGAGUUUGGGGCAGAUGGGAAGAAUAUGAGGGAGUCCUGCUGUGAAAGGGAGUCGGCGGGAAAGAGGCUGGAGAACCCAGGUUUAUCAAGCAUCCAUAAGAAAAGGGCCACAGAGCAGGGCUCUUAUCAAGAGACUGGGGCUCAAGGGGCUGUCCAGACAGAAGAGGCCAGUGGUUGCAAGAGCUGUAAUGCAGCUGAGGAAAUCAACAGACCUGAGAGAACUGGGUCAAGCCAGAAAAGGAAACAUCAGGAGGCAGUAGAAACCUCCCUCCUCUGUUACCACCGGUUUAAAAAGGGCCAAAAGAUGGAACAAGAUUCAUUCCUCACCCAGGACCUGACUCAUGGACAGAGUGACUGCUCUUGGACCAAAGGCAGGGCUUCUUUCAGUUUCCACAAGAAGAAGAUCGUGACUACUGUGUCAGAAGUGUGCAGCAGCUACACCGUUGCCAGCUCUCUCUCUGAGUCCCUCCUAUCAGAAUAUUCAAACGCUUCUGUCAUGAACAGAACAAACAGUGCUCUGUCGCCUGGGCACUCCUCGUCCAUGUACUUGCUAACCCCCUUAAAGACAAUACAUGUUGCAGACAAGAAGGCAUCUGAUGCUGAAAAGGUGUAUAAGGAAUGUAACCAGGAGGGUCCUGUCCCCUUUAGCUCUUGCCUUUCCACGGAAAAACUGGAAUGCUGUGAGAAGAUUGGGGAAGGGGUGUUUGGCGAAGUGUUUCAAACAAUUGCUAAUCAUACACCUGUAGCCCUAAAAAUCAUUGCUGUUGAAGGACCUGAUUUAGUCAAUGGAUCCCAUCAGAAAACUUUUGAGGAAAUCCUGCCAGAGAUCAUCAUCUCCAAAGAGUUGAGCCUCUUGUCUGAUGAGGUAUGCAACCGCACAGAAGGCUUUAUUGGGCUGAACUCAGUGCACUGUGUUCAAGGAUCUUACCCUCCCUUGCUUCUCAGAGCCUGGGAUCACUAUAACUCAACCAGAGGGUCUGCAAAUGACCGGCCUGACUUUUUUGAGGAAGACCAGCUCUUCAUUGUGAUGGAAUUUGAGUUUGGAGGGACUGACUUAGAGCAAAUGAGAAAGCAGUUGUCCUCCAUAGCUACUGCAAAGAGCAUUUUGCACCAGAUCACUGCAUCCCUUGCCGUGGCAGAGGCAUCCCUGCACUUUGAGCACCGAGACUUACACUGGGGGAACGUGCUCUUAAAGAAAACCAGCCUCAAGGAACUCCACUACACUCUCAACGGGAAGACAAGCACUAUCCCCACCCGUGGGCUGCAAGUCAACAUCAUUGACUACACCCUGUCACGCUUGGAGCGGGAUGGGAUCCUGGUUUUCUGUGACAUUUCCAUGGAUGAGGACCUAUUUACAGGUGAAGGUGACUACCAGUUUGAGAUCUACAGGCUCAUGAGGAAGGAGAACAACAACUGCUGGGGUGAAUAUCACCCUUAUACUAAUGUGCUCUGGCUACAUUACCUCACAGAUAAGAUUCUGAAAGAAAUGACCUUCAAGUCUAAAUGUAACACCCCUGCCAUGAAACAAAUGAAGAGAAAGAUCCUGAAUUUCCACAGGACAAUGCUGAACUUCAGUUCUGCCACUGAUCUGCUCUGCCAACACAGUCUAUUUCAGUAAGUCAAAGAUGCCUCCCCCGCCCCGCCCCACCAUGAUGUUUUCAAUCUCUAACCCUAGACAGGGUGGAAUUCCCAUUCUUUCCUUUUUCCAAUCUGCUUUCCAACAAGAAUUUUGUUUCCAAGUGGAAACCAAAAUGUUUGUGGAAAUGUUUAAACAAUAAAUGUUCUUAAAAAAUAAGCUACGCAUAAGAACAAGUGUUUACAACUUAUAAGCCCUCUUUCUGUCAGCAGAGUCCAUUCUGUAAGUUUCCGUAUUUCUAUUUUUGAGCCUUGACACUUUUUAUCGCCUGAGCAAAAAAAAAAAAAAAAAAGAAUUCAGGAAAGCCCAAAGCCUGUUGCUGUAGGUAUCAUAGGCUGGCUUUGGAAGCCAUACUACAGAUGAGUCAAUGGAGCAAAGAGACUGUAGCAAAGCAGAGACCAAGACAGACCGGAGUGAGAGAGGAAAGGAAGAUGGUAGACAAUUUGUAGGGAGACAUGCAAGAAAUGCCACAUAUUUAUCAAGCUCAUUUUCCAAUUACAAAGAAGAAUUUAUCAAUUUUCAACCGGAAAAUAAAUGUCUCCAUGGCUACUGAAAAGAUACCCUGCUCAACACGAGAAACAGCAGUGCACGAGACAGACUCUGCCCCUGCCCCUUCCUUGGCCUCACCUUUCCCACCCACGAAAUCAUUCAGGCCCUUCCAAGUUAAGGGCUGUGGUUUAAAACAUGAGUCUGUUGAGCCUGGAGAAGAGAAGACCUGGGGAUUUGCAAGAGCUUCCUUCAGUCCGCUGAGCAGCCAGUGACCACCUCAGCAGCUGUAUGCAAGGACUGUCACCAUGGCCUGCAGCUGGAAUGGGAGCCCAGAGAAGCCUUCUACUUCCUGGAGAAGUGAGAUGCAGUUUGCAGAGCUCUAUCUGAGUGGGUCAACAUUUUGGGGCAGGUUUUGUUUGUUUUUUUUUAGUUUUGUUUUCAGUGUAGCCAAGUACCCUGUUCUUUUUCACCCACUCCCAGUGGGAGAGCAGGGUUAAACUCCCUUAAGCUCCCAGCUAGAACUCAUUCUCCAGAAGCAUCAAUGUGCUUCAACUAACACCAAGUCACUUCUCAACCACUUUAUCGUUGCAACUAAAGAAUCUUCACCAAACCAUCAAAGUGAUAAUUGAUUUAGGUAGGAAUCAUGAAUGGAUGUUAAAAAGGAUACAUACAUAAUCUCAAGGCAUCUCCCCACAAGAUACUUAUUAAUUAUAAAAGGAAAUAGCACAGUAAUGGAACAAAGCAACAUGAUGCGCUUGCAUUCAGAAGGACACAACUUCCCUUCUGUGAUAUUCCUGCCCAGAAUGCAUAACCUGAAUCUAAUCAUGAGGAAACAUUAGACAAAUUCAUGGAUAAGAACGUUCUACAGAAUAACUGGCCUGUACCCUUCAAAGAUGUUAAGGUCAUUAAACAAACUGAGAAACUGUCCAGAUUAAAGGAGACUGUCCAGAUUAAAAAAGAUAAAUGAUGACAAAAUACACUCAAUGAUCCUGGACAAUAAAAUUUUUUUUCUUUUGCUAUAAAGGACAUUCAUAGGAUAACUGAUAAAAUUUAAAUAAAGUUGUAGAUAAUAGUAUUUUAUCAUUGUUCAUUUCCUGAUUUUGAUCAUUGUACUGUGGUUAUAUAAGAGACUGUCCUUGUUUUUUUAAAAAAAAUAUAUGCUGAAGUUUUGGGGGGUAAAGAGGCAUCAUAUCUAUAACUUACUCUCAAACAGCUCAGAAAUAUAAAUAUGUGUAUAUGUGUGUAAUAUAUAUGUACAUAUGUAUAUGUACUGUCUACAUAGAAUGAUAAAGCAAUGUGGAUGUUAAAGCAGUUGAUAAAAUGUGAAAAUGUUAAUAUUUGGGAAAUAUGGAUAAA